AUGAAUACAGUAAAAAAGUACGGAGAAGUACGAACGGACACUAUUUUUCAUAACAUAGCUGCUGUAAAUGAUGUUGCUGCCUCGAACGCACAAAUUUUAUCUUCUUUACAAUCACCACUACAUGUCGUUAUAGUUGGUGGUACGUCAGGUAUUGGUCGUGGAUUUGCUCAUACCAUCAAUCGACUUUGUCCAGCCGCUCAUGUGACAAUUAUUGGACGUAAUGAGUCUGCUGCUAAUGAAAUAUUAUCUCAAUUAGGUUCCAAUGGAAGUUUUAUACGUGCCGAUGUUUCAUUGAUGUCUGAAAUUCGAACAAUUACAAAGAAAAUCAAAGCAGUUGACAUCCUUGUUCUGUCUCAAGGCGUGAUAUCAAUGGAUGCUUUUGCACGAACCAAAGAAAAUAUCAAUUAUGCAUUAGCUUUAAAUUACUAUGGUCGAGUUUUAUUCAUCGAAGAACUUCUUCCAUUACUUCGAACAUCUCCACUUGGUGGUAAAGUUGUAUCUGUCUUGAAUAGUAAAAAAGGUGAUCCAUCAAAAAUCAACUGGAAUAAUAUGGGACUCGAGACUAAAUGUUCUUUUUUGGUAGCGAUUAAUCAUGCCUUCGCAUUCAAUGAUCUUAUCAUUCAAUAUCUUGCUUCACAACCAGAAAAUAGCAAUGUCACUUUUAUACAUUCAUUUCCAGGUCACGUUAAAACUCCGAUUAUUGAUAACUUACCUUUUUAUAUUCGACUACCUAUAAAAGCGGUGGGAGCAAUCAGACGUCUGGCUGUUAGUCCGGACGAGUGUGCCGAAUUUAUGAUACAUGCCAACGCUGCUCGACGAUUGAAUACCACAGUAUUUUGUUAUGCUUGCCUUAAACGUUUCAUGGGUAAGAUUUCCGGAACAAUGAUUUGUGUCCUUCCACGCCAACAAGAAAUCAAUCUUCUCAAUCCGAAUUUUCUCUUCGGUAAUGACAUGGCACUUAUAAAAGGAAACAAACAUAUGACAUAA